CUGUCAAAAGUUGGGUGAAAUCAAAGCUGCAUCCCACUUGCACUAAUGCAAAACCAUCACCCAAAUUCGUCAGCGCUUCCAUCGCCUAUGGAAACCACUCAGAUUUUUUUUGAAUGUUGACUAAUGUCUAAUGUAUCUGCUUUCAAGUCUCAGAUCUCAGGUGUGAAGUCUUAGGUAUCAAGUCUCAGAUCUCAAGUCUCAUAUCCAGGUCGCAUGUCUCGGGUCUAAGGUCUCAUGUCUAAAGUCUCAUGUCGAUGAUAUCAGGUUUCAUAUCUCAUAUCUCAUGUGUCAGGGCUUAGGUAUCAGGUCUUCAGGUCUUGGGUAUCAGUAAUUCUCAGGUCUCAGUCCUCAGGUUUCAAGUCUCAGAGCAUAGGUCUUAACUCUAAGAUCUCAGGUUUCAUGUCUCAUGGCGUCAGGACUCAGUUCUCAAAAGUUUAAAAUGUCUGGACGAGCCGUUACUCAAAACUGAGUGACUGAAAGUUUCUGCGGGUUGGUAGAAUAUAACUCAAAACCCUUAUUUUUUGUUCUAAGCGUGAGUGAAACAUCAAAACAAACAUGAAAUUUUCUUCGCUGGACGCGUUUUUCUUUCGGAAAAAUUAAUGGUAUUUUUAUUCAAGUUUUGAAACAUAGUGAAGUGAUUUUCAAAAGUUUCGUUUCCGUUAUCCACACGUAAAACCGCUCGCCGAAAUGACACGAAACUAUAUCCGGAAAACUAACAACAGAGAUUGGUCCGUCGAAAACUUGAACCGAGCCCUCCAAGCUAUACGGCAGGGCAUACCGGUUCAAAGAGCGGCCAAAAAGUACCAAAUUCCGAGGGCAACGUUGCAACGCUACGCCCACCAAGAUCUAAAGCAGGGUGGAGUUCAGAUUAUUACACCUGGAUGGAAAACGGUGUUUACGGAAGCUCAGGAGCAGCAGCUGGUGCGUCAUGUGCUGAAUCUGACCCAACAUAUUUCUGGGUUGACUACACAGCACAUUCGGAGGGCUGCCUUUGCUUUUGCGGAGAAAAACAAAAUUCAGCAUCCGUUUGAUCGAGUUAGCAAAGCUGCUGGCAGAGACUGGUGCAAAGCCUUUCUGAGAAGACACAAAGAAAUAAAGUUGGAACGUGGAGUAGCAAGGAAUGUGGCCAGAGACAAGGCCUUCAAUCGGGAGGAUGUGGGGAAGUUUUUCGACAAGUUAAAGGCAUUCAUGGAUGGUUGUCAAAACCCUGACGCCCGAGUGUACAAUGUCGACGAGACUCUUUUCUCAACUGUAGCAUGUUACACCUCUGACCAUACAUUACAUUUUUCUGAUGAAACCGAACAGUUUGACACCGUCAGUACAGCUAUAUUUGCGAUGUCGGCGUCAGGAGAUUUUGUACCACCCUUGUUCGUUUUUCCACCGGAUCGUAUGCCGGCCUCUUUCCAAGAGAAGGCACCACCAGGAUCGAUUUUCGAAUAUACAGCCAGAGGAUGGAGCGCCUUCAAAACCUACACCAGGUGGUUCGAGCAUUUCAUAAACUACACAAAACCAACCAAGGAAGCACCAGUCUUACUCAUCAUCGGCGAACGGUCAAUCUUUAAUCGGAACCCAGCUGACCCGAAAAAGUUGGCAAAACAGAACCACGUACACAUUGUAACGGUACCGGAACAUACAGAGCACAAGCUGCAACCGUUGAAUGUGGGAUUCAUGCCACUAUUAAAGGCCAACUAUACCGUAGGUCUCGAAAUGUUUUCGGAACGGCAUUCUGCGGUAACUUUUCACGAUAUACCAUCGCUGGUAAAUGAGGCUUACACGGCAACGGCAACAACGCUAACUGCGGCAGACGGGUUCCGAGCUUGUGGAAUAGUUCCCUUCAAUCCGGAGAUUUUUCCAGACUCGGACUAUGCUGCUGCCGAUUUCCUGCGUUCCUCUGAGGUCCAGUCUGGGGAGGGUAUGGAUCUAGUGUUUCCCGGUUUCGAUAUGGACACGGAAGAAAGCGGCGCAGAAAUACAAUGUCAGGCAAAUCAGUCUGCAGAAAAUGGACAACCUGCUCGUCAUACCGAUACCAGUCAUCCAGAUUGGGUUCCAUCGUUAGCACUACCGGAAAGUAGCAAAAGAAAGUCACAAAGCCGCGCCACCUCCGAUGAACGUUUUGAACUAAUCAUCCCAGAUGAGGGCCACGCAGCUGGUGAAGAACGGUUGAUUGUGUCGUCCGGACAAGAGAUAAAAGUCGAAGAUCUCCUUGAUGGAGAUGAGGAAAACUUCGAAAUUGAAGCCCUGGAAGACGAUGUCGCAGCCAUCGAUGGUUUUAAAGUUGAAGCAGCUGGCGAUCUUUACGAAAUUCAUGAAGUCGGAGGUCCUGAAACAACGGAUCAAGAUCCCGAAACAACGGAUGAUGAGCUUGAAACAAAAGGUCGUUUUCCGUUUACAGUGCGCGCAAAACCCCCGAAAGAUGUACAAAUUCCACCUACACGGGACCUCGAGAAAAAAAACGCGAAGCUGUUAGAGACUUUAGACGAACUCAAACAAAGAGUAGCUGAUUUGGAGAAACGGCUGGGAGUAAAGAAUCGAGACUUCGAAUGUCUAAAGGAUAGUAAGAAGUGUAGCUUUUUCACAGGCUUUCACAGUGUCUUGUUGCUCAAGCGUAUAUUCGGAAUUGUGGGACCGUUUCUGGACCAGCAAGAUACCCGAUUUACCAAAGAGCAAAUGUUCGUAAUGACCCUGACGAAGCUGAAAUUGAACGUUAUGUACACCAUGCUUGCCUAUGAUUACGACGUUUCAGCCGAAACGAUUGUCAAAAGCUUUCAACACACCAUAACCACUAUGCACCGGUGUCUGAAACACACGUUGGUACCAUCACCCAAGGAAGUCGCUGUGCAGAAAACGCCAUCAAUGUUUUCAGCCGCCCUGGGACACAAGCGGAUUUACAUCUUGUGCCCGUUUCACACCAAAACGGAAAAUUCUUCCGGUGUCCGCGAUUCAAUGAGCAAUUUCAUGUCAGACAAAAAGAUAGAGACGGUAAAGUUUUUGAUUGCUGUCCAUCCGGAUGGGACAUUUGCGUUCGUCUCGGACGGUUAUUCUGUCAAACAUACUGACCUUUAUAUGGUAAACAACAGUGGUUUUCUGAGCUGUGUGGAAGCAGACGACGUGGUGCUGGUCGAUAAAAGAUUCGAAUUCAUGUCCGAUAUGGUGGGAUUGAAGAAGGCAACGCUCAUAGUUUCGAACUAUUUGCAUAGUACGAUCAAAAACCGAGCGGAGAGUUUGGUUGGAAUCAUUAGGCUUAAAUACAAUUAUCUGGCAGGGCCUCUUCACACGAAAACAUUACUACCCAUCGAAGAAGAUUUUGAAAUAUCAAAUGUCGUCGUGAAGGUUGCAUGUAUUGUGUCGAAUCUAAAUAAAGCGCAGAAAGCCGUUAAAAGUGUACCGGGUGAAAGUAGUCUUCAAUAAACUGAUCA